ACAGACUUCUGAGCUGCGGAAUUGGUGAGACCAUAUGUGUGGUUUUAAGUAGAGGCUACUUGGAAGGGAUGGACGUUAGCCCCACUUACCUACACCGAUGUUUUCGACAAGAAGUUCCCGACUGACACCCACCUGGAGCGAUUUCAUACCAGUUCAACUGAAACAGAAUGGAAAGUCCUUUCACCAGAAUCACAGAAUGUUGAGGCCGAAGGGUAUCUCGGAGAUCAUCUAAUACAAUUCUUGUUUCAGAUGGGGAGGCAAAUGAUGGGACUCAGACUUCCCAUACGAUACUCACUCUCCCUGUCCUGAGUUCUGCCAAGCCCACAUUUCUAAAGCCCCAACACCGCCCCCUCACACUGAGUCUUGGUGCUCAUGGGCAAUGCCAGCGCCCUUGAUAAGCUUCAGUAAUCAGAAGCAGCCCUGCCCAUAAAAACAGCUGCCCUGUCCUGCCCGGGGGUGAUUCCCUCCUACCUGCCCCUGCUCACUCCAGCAGCCCUCCCGCCAUGAGGAUCCCUGUGCUGCUCUUAGCCAUAUCUCUUCUGCUCUCCCAAGAUCCUCCAGUGAGAAGUGAAUUUGAAGUGGACAGAGUAUGCGGCUAUGGUACUGCUCGCUGCCGGAGGGAAUGCCAAAGCCAGGAAUACAGAAUUGGAAGGUGUCCCAACACCUCUGCGUGCUGUUUGAAAAAGUGGAGUGACAGCUUACUGAAGCGUAUGAUACACUGA